CCUGAAUCCAAGAUGGCAGGCUUGCGAAGUUUCAUCAGUCAAUUCAACAGUCAAGCGCUUGCAAUCAUCGGCGCACUGACUGUCGGAUACAUCUCUCUCAAGCUACUAUUAUCGGUGCUACGUGGGAUAAAGCUGUAUGUGUUAUCCCGGCCGCUGGGAUUAGCAACGAACUUAAAAAAACUAGGCGCUUGGGCAGUCAUUACUGGUGCUACAGAUGGCAUAGGAAAAGCAUAUGCCCAGCAGCUUGCAGAAAAAGGAAUUAAUAUUGUUCUUAUUAGCCGCACACUUGAGAAGUUGCAGAAUGUAGCACAAGAGAUUGAAACCCAGUAUAAAGUGAAAACCAAAGUAAUAGCAGUUGAUUUCACCAAAGGUGUGGAAAUCUAUGAAGAGAUCGAGAAAGAGCUGAAGGGGUUGGAAAUUGGUACAUUGGUUAAUAAUGUUGGUAUGUCGUACAGUUAUCCUGAAUACUUCCUGGAAAUACCAAACGUAGAAAAGUUUAUUCCUGAUAUAAUAAACUGUAAUACAUUGGCUUGCACAAUGAUGACAAAGGUUGUGUUACCAGGGAUGGUUGAAAGGCGUAAAGGAGCUGUUAUUAAUAUUUCCUCUGCUUCGGGUAUGCUUCCAGGACCACUCACUACUCUCUAUGCUGCAACUAAGGUUUACAUGGACUUCUUUGCCAGAGCAUUACAAAUAGAGUAUGCUUCUAAGGGGAUAAUUGUUCAGUCUGUGUUGCCAUUUUUUGUGACAACCAAGUUGAGCAGGAUUCGUCAUACAAGUCUCUUCACCCCUAACCCUACCCAGUAUGUGCGAAGUGCAUUAGGUACAGUCGGGUUAGAACAGAGAACUAAUGGUUGCUUGAGUCAUUCCAUUCAGGGUUAUAUUAACGAGUUGGCCCCCGAGUGGUUAUACUACCUUGUACAGGGCACCAUGUUUCGAAAUGUAAGGGCACUACAUUACAAGAAAAUGCAAAGAGAAGCAAAGAAAAAGGAACAAUGAGUAUCAGAGUGAUAUGAGAAAUGAAAGAUUUUUAAUUUAUCUCAUCACCACAUACUUUCCCAAUGAAAAUUUUAAUGCAUUGUUCUGUAAUUUUUUCUGAUUAAACAGAUAUUAGAUUGCUGAUUUCGCUCAAAAUAUAUGAUGAAGAUUUUUACAGUAUAAUUGUGAUUGCCUUUAUUUCAUAAUCAAUGUGUAUCUGCUUUAAUCUUUUGCAUCUUUCAUUGACAAGAUCAAUUUCACAACUAGAAAUACAGAUACACUCGUAUUUUUUUUUUCAGUAAUACAUUUAUGAAAUUACCAUGGAUUAAAAUGAGUUUUUUGUAAAUCGUUUUGAAUAUUUAACUCUUCACUAUGCAACAUUUUUGUAUUCAAGCUUAAAUUUAAUUUGUUAAAAUCAUAAUUUUAUAAUGAUAAUUUUGAGUUUGGGUAUAUCUAGUGAUACAUUUUAAGUGUCGUUGUUGUAUGAUGUUUUUCAGAAUUUAUUGUACAAUUCUCAUGAGAGUAUGUGCAAUCAAUUUGUUUUACAAAAACAGUUGGCCUAUAAGACGUAGACAUUUGAUUGUAACAAACUUGAGUUCUUCGUUACCGGUAGCUUUAAACACAGUAAACAAAAAUGGCAUGCACAACUCUAGUUUUAGAAUGAUUGAUUAUCUUUCCCCUUUUUCGCAAUCUCUCACCAGCAAAACAUCUUACUGUAGAGGGAAGGAAAUGUGUCAACUGAGGAAGUUUAAAUGUCAUUUGAUCAUAGAAUAAACGCAUGUUGUAUAUU